AUGGCUUACAACAAAUCCUACAACCCCGACGCGCUGCCAGCUCAUGCUGAGCCAGAAGAGGUCGCGCAGAUGCUAGGCAACAUGGCUGUAUCAGGCCAAAGCCACGCCCCGAGCCACGUCCCAGGCCACACCCAGAGCCUCAACCAAAAACCGCUCCCUACUCGCCCACCGCAAACAACUCAUAACAGCGGUGUUCCUCCCCGCGUUCCUGUAUCCAGCGCCCCGCAACAUCCGUACGCCGCAGCGCCCCCACGCCUCGAACCCCACCAAUCCCACUCACACUCUCACUCCUACAGCGGCCGCUCCUCUUCAGCAAACGCGCCUCCGCCGAACCAACCUCUAAGCCACUCUCAGUCGCACAAUCGUCCUCAUCCCCUCCACCCCUCCCCGCCGCCCCAAAACUACGGUUUCGGGCCCCCGCCCGUGCACCCCCAGCGCAACCGACCCCCACCUUCAUCGCGACCUCCCCAAUCGCCAGUCCCACCGCCAUUGACAGCACCCAGCGAUGACCCGCAACAACUCUUCCCUCUCUUCCGCGCCGCGAAUGCAUCCCACUCCGGCGCCCUCACUGAGGGCGAGCUUGGUAGCGCGCUCGUGAACGGCGACUACACGUCCUUCCACCCGCGUACGGUUAGACUGAUGAUUCGGAUGUUCGACCGCGACGGCAGCGGGUCAAUCAACUUCGACGAGUUUGUCUCGCUGUGGCGGUAUUUGGCUGCGUGGCGGGAGCUGUUUGAUCGCUUCGACGAGGAUCGCAGUGGGCGUGUUAGUCAGCCCGAGUUUGAGAAGGCGCUUGUUGCAUUUGGGUACCGUCUUAGUGGGAAGUUUAUUUCUAUUAUCUUUGGUGUCUUUGAGAGCAAGGGCAAGCAGAUGAGCAAUGCGCCUAAGGAUCCCAGGCUUACUGGUAUGAGCUUUGAUCUAUUCGUUCAGGCUUGUAUUAGUCUGAAGCGGAUGACGGAUGUCUUCAAGCGGUAUGAUGAUGAUCGGGAUGGAUAUAUUACUCUGAGCUUUGAAGAGGCUUUGACUGAGAUCCUUCUAUUGCAGGAGUAA